AUGACUGUAUGGAACGGCACAACCAUGCAGAAGUGUGAUUUUCACUUGUGUCUUUCUGUCUACAUCAUCACCUUCAUCACCGGCUUCCCAGCCAACAUCCUGGCCUUCUACACAUUCAGCCGCAAGGUUUGGAAGAAGCCGACCCCCAUCGACAUCCUCCUCCUCAACCUCACCAUCUCAGACCUGCUCUUCCUCAUCUUCUUACCCUUUAAGAUGCAAGAAGUGGCCAAUAAUAUGAUCUGGAGUAUAACAUACGACCUGUGUCCACUGUCUGGCUUUGUGUUCUACAUGACUAUCUACAACAGCACCUUCUUCCUGACUGCGGUAAGCGUGGAGCGCUACCUUGGAGUGGCCUUCCCCAUCCAACACUCCUUGAGGAGAAGACCAAUUUACGCCGUGCUGGCCAGCAUCUUCAUUUGGAUGUUUUCGGUUCUCCACCUGAGCAUCGUGUACAUCAUGCCCUACUACAACCCAUCUGGAAUGGCACCUGUACAACGGAACAUCUGCUAUGAUGAAUUCUCCGAUGCUCAGCUUGAGAUACUCCUACCUGUACGUCUGGAGCUAUGUGUGGUUCUCUUCUGCGUUCCUUUUCUUAUUUGCAGCUUCUGCUACAUAAACUUCAUUCGCAUACUCUUGAGGCUGCCAAAUAUUGGCCGGCGGAGGAGGUUGAGGGCAAUUGGUCUGGCUUUGGGCACACUUUUGGUGUUUGCACUUUGUUUUGGACCCUAUAAUGUCUCCCAUGUGGUUGGCUUCGUUACCAAGCAAAGCCCAAGGUGGAGGGACAAAGCCCUGCUUCUCAGCACGUUCAAUGCCUGCUUGGACCCGCUUAUUUUUUACUUCACUUCAGCAGCGGUGAGGAAUGCCCUGGGCACAAUGGCAAGGGGCAUUUGGAGCAGAUGUUGGUGCCACUGGAGUUUUAAAAAGGAACCUCCUGAAACAGAGAAAAGCAGCCUUCCAAAACCACAAGAGACAAACGCCCUUUGA